GGCGAACCGGUAGAUGGGUAGAUGGUACCAGUACCAGUACUAUAAUCUAUCUGUGGUACCGCGUGUGUAUGUCAGAGUCAGAACGUCCGUUCGACUGGCUUGCAUCGCAUGCAGUUUCCAUUGACGCGCGCUCCGAAGGAAACAUACCGGCGGAUGGUGGAUGACGAGUCGCGGAUAAUUUUGUGAUGUGUGAUUUUUUUUAGAAUAUUGAGAAAUGGAGCAGUUCCACUGGAACAGGAGGAUGGUGCUCCCCAAACGAACUAGUGAAUUGAUUGCACUGAUGGCCAUAUCAACCACAUUAUUCCUGUUUCUUCACACCCGAGAUCUGAAUACGAAACUGAAGGAAAUGGAAGUCAAAAUACAACCAUACAGUAUGGUAUCUGGGAAUCAGUUAAUUUCAGGUGACAGUGGCCCUGCAGAAGUAUCUGGCAUGAGAGCAACCAUGAAAUUAUUGGAAAGCACUGGCGAGAUGCAAUCUCUGCAGCCCACUCGGCUGAACAACACGAGGAAGGCGCAAACCGAGGUGGUGUUCUUCAAUCGCGUGCCCAAGGUCGGCUCGCAGACCCUGAUGGAGCUGAUCCGUCGGCUGAGCUCUAAGAACGACUUCGGCUUCCACCAGGACAGGGUUCAGCGCGUGGAGACGAUCCGUUUGUCGCUGGAGGACCAGGCCGAACUCGCCGCGCUCGUAUCCAGCUAUGAGCCUCCCGGCGUUUAUAUUAAGCACGUGUGCUUCACCAACGUUUCCAACUUUGGAUUACCUGAACCAAUUUACAUCAACUUAGUCAGAGAUCCUGUCGAGAGGGUUAUCUCCUGGUAUUAUUAUGUUCGAGCGCCUUGGUAUUACGUGGAAAGGAAAAUUGCAUUCCCAGAUAUACCAUUACCUGACCCGAAAUGGCUGAAAAAGGAUUUCGAGACUUGCGUGUUGACAGACGACCGCGAAUGCCGGUACGUGCGAGGGGAGAUCCGCGAAGGAAUCGGCGACCAUCGCAGGCAGUCGAUGUUCUUCUGCGGCCACCACCACGACUGCCUGCCCUUCGACACGAGGGGUGCCCUCGAAAGGGCCAAGAUGGCCGUCGAGCGGCAUUACGCCGUAGUGGGGGUGCUGGAGGAGAUGAACACGACGCUGACGGUGCUCGAGAAGUACGUGCCGAGGUUCUUCGAGGGGGCCAGCGACAUCUAUUGGAAUGAGAUUAGUCGGUAUACGCCAAUCAACAAGAAUGCCUUCAAACCGCCAGUCAGCGAAGAAGUAAAGAAUAUAGUGAGAAGAAACUUCACGAGAGAGAUAGAAUUUUACGAGUUUUGCAAACAAAGACUUCAUAAACAGUAUUUAGCUUUAAAAUUAUAGGGUGACACAAAUAAGUAUAAACAUCAUCUUAUCAUCAUGAAACUCAAAUCAAGUGAUUAAGCGUUAUUAUUGUAUAAGACACAGUCUCAACAAUUUUGUGUACUUAGAGAGGUACCUCUACUAUUACGGAAAUCAUCUAUUCCUGUUGAUAACAGAAAUGUUACACGUUUAUGCAUAGACCAUUGGAAAAUGUUUCAUAUUCUAUAUUGUGAAAAAAUAUUUCCUCUUGUUGAAAGGCUGAUUAUUUGUACCUAUUUAUUUUAUCAUGUCAUUAUAUUCAGGUUAAUGCAAAUGGAGGAUAAUUCAGCAUACCAAAGGUUUUCUCAAAAUGUCAACAAAUCCGAUAAUUAUUAUCUUCUAGUAAAAGUUACUAGACUGAUUAUUUGUUCAGGAUGUUAUGCAUAUUCUGGUGAAAGAACUAGAGUCAAAAUGAAAGAGUUAUUGUUGUUAAAUAUUGUUAUAUCUAGAGCUGGUUACUGAUUUGAAACAAAUACAAUAAUGAAGUAAAAAAUAUAAAUAAAGCUCAAGUAUACAGGGCCUUUCAUGAGAAGACUCACAUAGCCAAAUGGUUGAUAGGGGAAAUCAAGACGAGUUGAUGUAUAUAUAUGAAAAUAUUUUUUGACCCUCCAUAACGAAGAUACAGGGUAUCAUGUGAAAUUGCUAUAUAAACUUUGAUGGUCGAUAUUACAGAAAUGAUUCGUCGUAAUCUGCUGAAAUUUGGCAGCGACGUAUCUCUACUGAAACUAUUCAAGAUAACAUAAUAUUAUGAAAAAAUAAUUCAGGUCCGGACUUGGGAAAAUUUUAUGAUUCAUUAUUAUGUCAAAAAAGUUCACUUUGUGUCCACUUUUCUCGAAAAAUUCCAUCAGAUUCAGAAAGAUCAGACAAAAUGCUGUAAGAACUGCUCUUCAAUUCACACGGCACACUUUGACCGGUUCAAUGAAAAAAUAUGGAACAAAAACGUUCGAAUGAAUUUUCAAUUUCGACCUCUGGCUGAUAACUGUCAAAAUGUUUUCAUGUAUAUACAUCAACUCGUCUUGAUUUAUUCCCCUAUUAACCAUUUGGCUAUGUGAGUCUUCUCAUGAAACACCCUGUAUAAGCCAUAUUCGUUUUGAUUUUAUUGUAUCUCAUUUGCAUAUUCGAACCAGCUUUGGAAAAAAAUGGUUACAUAUACUUGAUCAUUUAAUGACUAAUAAAAAAUAUUGUUUUGAUGUGAUAUUAUAAUGUAUAAUUAUAAAUUUCUUCUUCU